AUGACGUUGACCCUGAUGUCCAUCCCCAUGUCCGAGGACUGCCUGUACCUCAGCAUCUACACACCUGCCCGUGCCUGGGAGGCCAGUGGCGCCUUUGAGGACGUGGUGGUGGUCACCAUCCAGUACCGCCUCGGCAUCCUGGGAUUCUUCAGCACUGGAGACCAGCACGCCAGUGGCAACUGGGGCUACCUGGACCAAGUGGCUGCACUGCGCUGGGUGCAGCAGAACAUUGCCCACUUUGGAGGCAACCCUGACCGGGUCACCAUAUUUGGAGAGUCUGCUGGUGGUGUAAGCGUGUCCUCACAUGUAUUGUCACCCAUGUCGCAAGGACUCUUCCAUAGAGCCAUUAUGCAGAGUGGGGUGGCCGUGCUGCCUGGGAUGAUCACCAGCUCAUCUGACAUGAUCUCCUCGGUGGUGGCCAACCUGUCUGGCUGUGGCCAGGUGGACUCUGAGACCCUGGUGGGCUGCUUGAGAGCCAAGAGUGAAGAGGAGAUGCUGGAGAUGACCAAGGCCUUCAAGUUCAUCUCUGCGGUGGUGGAUGGCAUCUUCCUGCCCAGACACCCCUAUGAGCUGCUGGCCUCUGCUGACUUCCAACCUGUCCCCAGCAUCAUUGGUGUCAACAAUGAUGAGUAUGGCUGGAUCCUCCCCAAGAUGCUGCCUCCUGGCAUAGAGGAGCCAUUGGUAAAUGAGUACCUGGGGGACAAUAAGCACCCAAAAACCCUUAUGGCUCAGUACCAGGAGAUGAUGACUGAUGCCCUCUUCGUGAUGCCUGCGCUCCACGUCACACAUUUUCAGCGUUCCCAUGCUCCUGUCUACUUCUAUGAGUUCCAGCAUCCACCCAAUUUCAUGACUUUCACUGAGGAGGAGCUGCUGAGCAGGAGAAUGAUGAAGUACUGGGCCAACUUUGCUCGCACUGGGAACCCCAAUGGCGAGGGCCUGCCACACUGGCCCGUCUUGGACCAGGAGGAGCAGUAUCUGCAACUGAGCACACAGCCUGCAGUGGGCCGGGCCCUGAAGGCCCACAGGCGUCAGUUCUAG